GCGGCGUGCUCGGGGGUCCUUUGUGCGGCGCGGCUGGGGCGAUGCUGGCGGGGGGCAAGAAGGCGGUAGAGGCGGCGGCGGGCGGCGAGGGUGGGCCCGAGGUGCCGCCGCCUCCGCCCGUCGCCGCGGGAGCUCUGGGGUCAUCUGCUGAGAGCGGCGGGGUCGCGGAACGCACUCCCCGCAAGAAGGAGCCGCCGAGGGCCUCGCCCCCGGGUGGUCUGUCCGAGCCGCCGGCCGCCGGUGCGGCCUCUACGCCCGGCGCCGAAACCACUGGCAUCGCCGAGACCCCCGAAGGCCGCAGGACCAGCCGCCGCAAGCGGGCCAAAGUGGAGUACAGAGAGAUGGAUGAGAGUCUUGCGAACCUGUCAGAAGAUGAGUAUUACUCUGAAGAAGAGAGAAAUGCUAAAGCUGAGAAAGAGAAAAAGCUACCACCACCACCUCCACCAGCUCCUGCAGAAGAAGAAAAUGAAAGUGAGCCAGAGGAGCCAUCUGGGCAAGCAGGAGGACUUCAAGACGACAGUUCUGGAGGGUAUGGAGACGGCCAAGCAUCAGGUGUGGAGGGUGCAGCUUUCCAGAGUAGACUUCCACAUGACCGUAUGACAUCUCAAGAAGCUGCCUGCUUCCCUGAUAUAAUCAGUGGGCCCCAGCAGACUCAGAAGGUGUUUUUGUACAUCAGGAACCGCACUCUGCAGCUCUGGCUGGAUAACCCAAAGAUUCAGCUGACAUUUGAGGCAACUAUCCAGCAAUUAGAAGCACCUUAUAACAGUGACACUGUGCUGGUUCACAGAGUACACAGCUAUCUGGAGCGGCAUGGGCUGAUCAACUUUGGCAUCUACAAAAGAGUGAAGCCCCUCCCGACCAAGAAGACUGGGAAGGUGAUCAUCAUCGGUUCUGGAGUCUCUGGGUUGGCAGCAGCUCGCCAGUUGCAGAGUUUUGGAAUGGAUGUCACAGUUCUGGAAGCCAGGGACCGGGUUGGAGGAAGAGUUGCAACCUUCCGCAAAGGGAACUAUGUUGCUGACCUAGGAGCAAUGGUGGUGACAGGACUGGGAGGAAAUCCCAUGGCUGUGGUCAGCAAACAAGUGAACAUGGAACUGGCCAAGAUCAAACAAAAAUGCCCGCUCUAUGAAGCAAAUGGACAAGCUGUUCCAAAAGAGAAAGAUGAAAUGGUGGAGCAAGAAUUUAAUCGUCUUCUGGAAGCCACAUCCUACCUCAGUCAUCAGCUGGAUUUUAAUGUUCUCAAUAACAAGCCUGUGUCCCUGGGUCAGGCUCUGGAGGUUGUCAUACAAUUGCAGGAGAAGCAUGUCAAGGAUGAGCAGAUUGAACAUUGGAAAAAAAUUGUGAAAACACAGGAGGAGUUGAAAGAUCUGCUUAACAAGAUGGUGAAUUUGAAAGAGAAAAUUAAAGAACUCCAUCAGCAGUACAAGGAAGCAUCAGAAGUGAAGCCACCUCGUGAUAUUACAGCAGAGUUCCUUGUGAAAAGCAAACACAGAGAUCUGACUGCACUUUGCAAGGAGUAUGAUGAAUUGGCAGAAACACAAGGAAAACUGGAAGAGAAGUUACAAGAACUUGAAGCCAAUCCACCCAGUGAUGUUUACCUUUCAUCAAGAGACAGGCAAAUACUUGACUGGCAUUUUGCAAACCUGGAAUUUGCCAACGCUACGCCACUGUCCACGCUCUCCCUGAAGCACUGGGACCAGGAUGAUGACUUUGAAUUCACAGGCAGCCACCUGACUGUGAGGAAUGGCUAUUCCUGUGUCCCUGUGGCUCUGGCAGAGGGGUUGGACAUCAAACUGAACACAGCAGUUCGGCAGGUUCGCUACACAGCAUCAGGCUGUGAGGUGAUAGCUGUAAACACCCGAUCUACCAGCCAAACUUUCAUCUACAAGUGCGAUGCUGUGCUGUGUACCCUUCCUUUGGGAGUGCUGAAACAGCAGCCUCCAGCAGUACAGUUUGUGCCACCUCUUCCUGAGUGGAAGACUUCUGCAGUGCAACGUAUGGGAUUUGGCAACCUUAACAAGGUUGUGUUGUGUUUCGAUCGUGUCUUCUGGGAUCCAAGCGUCAAUUUGUUUGGUCAUGUUGGCAGCACUACUGCAAGCAGAGGAGAACUCUUCCUGUUUUGGAACCUGUACAAAGCACCCAUAUUGUUGGCUUUGGUGGCAGGAGAAGCAGCAGGGAUCAUGGAGAACAUUAGUGACGACGUCAUCGUUGGGCGCUGCCUUGCCAUCCUCAAAGGCAUCUUUGGCAGCAGUGCCGUGCCGCAGCCUAAAGAGACUGUAGUAUCUCGCUGGCGUGCUGACCCGUGGGCCCGAGGGUCCUACUCCUAUGUAGCAGCUGGAUCUUCUGGGAAUGACUACGAUUUGAUGGCCCAGCCGAUUACUCCAGGGCCAGCCAUUCCAGGUGCCCCUCAGCCCAUCCCUCGGCUUUUCUUCGCGGGAGAGCACACGAUCCGCAACUACCCUGCGACGGUGCACGGCGCGCUGCUGAGUGGCCUGCGGGAAGCAGGGCGCAUCGCCGACCAGUUCCUUGGGGCCAUGUACACUCUGCCUCGGCAGCCUACACCUGGGGUACCCCCACAACAAGCUGCCAGCAUGUGAGAAGAGCAAAAGGUAUCAGAAGAGAAAUGAGAAGACCACAGUGCUGCUGUUGUGGACUCUUUGGAGUGAAGAUACCCCCCACCAGUAUCUGCUGAAGGGACCCAGCCGUUAGUUGCUGUCUAAUGUGUAGAAUGACUCUACACAAACCUCCCUCACCUUUUGGGUUUGGCAUCCUACAAAAUACCUCCUAGCUCUCUGGAGUGUCAGUGUACACAAAGUCCUUCACUGACAAGCUGGUCGGGGGCUUUUGGGACUCUGCAGGUACUGUUUGAAAGUCAAGCUUAUAGGUGGGGUUUUUAGGUUGGGUUGGUUUGGGUUUUCCUACGUGUGUAUUUAUGGUUUGGUAAGUGCACAGAGCCUUCUAGAAGCUUGUUGCUGCAAAUAAUAGCUUAGGGUAGAAUUUAUGUGAAGCUCUUUGGGUCUUUCUGGGUUUGUUUUGAAGAAUAUUAUUUAUGGACCAAUUCUGUUCUUAUCUGACAUUUGAAAUUUGGUGUGACUCUUUCCCUACCAGUACCAGCAAAUCACCCCACUCCAGCACAGCCCAUUGUCUGCUGCACCACGUGCACCCAGGUCUAGAAAGAAAGCCAAAGAUGUGCUGAGCAUACUGGAUCAUUAAAUACUGCUGAAGAAAGACAUUGUCAGAAUUAGGUAUUUGUAGGUUAAAAACUGGGAAAAAUGUUUGUAUUUGUUCCUAUAGAAACAGAGUUGCCAAGCCAGGACGUUAGCAGAAGGCCUUCAUCUCUGAGUGCUGCUGCUGGGCACUCUGCUGUGCCUUUGAGCUGAUGAUGCAGCUGCUGUUCUGCUUCCAAAGAUCUCUCUGGACUGGCUGCUUUUCCAGGUAUUUUCCUUAUUAUGAACUCAGCACAUGAAGCCCUCUUUUCAUGCACAGAGCAGGCCUGUUUAAACAUUUAGGUCCUUUUCCUCUCCUCCUUCCCCCAUUUAGCAUUAAAUUUUUUCUUCCAA